AUGUGCGCAGGGAGGCGGUUGACAGGAGGGGCGGCAGUGGCGGCAGUGGCAAUGGCAGGGCGGAUUGGUGGGGAGAGUAAGGGCGCACUUGUAGAUGGCAGGGGGGGAGUGAGGGCUGGGGGGAGUGCGGGGCAGAGGGGGCAUGCGGGGAGUGGGGGUGGGGCAAGGCACAGCGAGGAUGGGCGAGCAGCGGCGCGUAUGGUGAUGCCUCGCAGCGCCACUGUGGCUGCCGUGGUCUCCACUGCUGCCACUGCCGGGGGGGGCGGGGGAGCAGCAGCGCGUGCCAGUGCGGGCGGGGGUGGCAGGGGGUACGGCGGGUCAAGUGGUGGCAGGGCGGCAGUAGGGCAGGUGGAGCGCAGCAGCAGGCAGGGCGAGGAGAGGGCGCAGGGGUAUGCAGGGGUACAGGCGCGGGGAGGGACGCAGGUGAAAGGGGGGGGAAGAGGGGCUGGGGCAGCGGAGGGUGUGAGGCAUGGGAGCUACGGGCCCAGGCAGAGGCCCGCACCGACCAGGGAGGGCGCUGCUGCUGGCCGCGUGUGA